CCCCUUCGCCGCGAGCCAGCCAGCGACCCCCGUCACACCGCGUCAGAGUUAUAUGUACCAUCCUCCCGCCGCGCGCCCGGCCAUGGUCCAAAGUCCAACCUGAGCAAGGCGAACAAACCGCACCCCAAAAAACCAACAAAAGCCUGCGUUUUUUGCCCAAAAUCUCGUGGUUUUCGGUGUGAUUCAUCCCCAACCCAAGGGGAGGCGAAGCGAUGCCCGACGCGAUGCCGGCCUGCUUCCGCGCCGCGGCGGCGCCCGGUGGCCGGGCGUCGGCCGCGGCGUCGUCAGGGUCUUGCUCCGGGGCGGGGACCAGCCUCGCCACGUCGGUCUACGAGACGCGCCUCGGCCUGGCCGCGCUGUCCUGGUCGCGCGCCGCGCUCGGGCUCAGCCUCCGCGCCGUGCUCCGCGUCUCGGCGGGGUCCUCCGUGCCCUCUUCCUCGUCCGACUACGGGUGCGACGACGGCGGCGGGGUGGAGUACGAGGAGGAGGAGGAGGCGACCGUGGCCGUGCGCGUGCGGCCGUGGCUGCUCUGGCGGCGCCGCGGGUCCAAGCGCUUCCGCGUGCGCGACCGCCGGGUGGACCUCGCGUGGGACCUCUCGCGCGCGCGGUUCCCGUCGAACGGGUCGCCGGAGCCGUCCUCCGGGUACUUCGUCGCCGUCGUGGUGGAUGGCGAGAUGGCGGUCGUCGCGGGGGACAUGGCGGAGGAGGCGUACAGGAAGACGAAGGCGCGGCGGCCGCCGGCCCCGGGCCCCGUUCUCAUCUCGCGGCGCGAGCACGUGUCCAUGCGCGACGGGGGCAGCGGCCGCGGGCACAAGACCUGCGUCUCCGUCCGCGGCAAGGAGCGGGAGAUCUCGGUGGAUCUCGUGUCACGGGGGCAGGUGCAGGGAAAUGGGAAGGAGAGGGAGCGGGAGAGGGACAAGGCCGAGGUCGGCAUGUCGAUCUCCGUCGACGGCGAGCGUGUGCUCCACGUCCGCCGUCUGCGCUGGAAGUUCCGCGGCAGCGAGAAGGUGGACCUCGGCGGCGGCGACCGCGUCCUGGUCUCCUGGGACCUCCACAACUGGCUCUUCCCCCAGCGCGAGACGUCGCCAACCGACGCCGCCGCCGCGCUCGCCGUGGUGGCGCCCCCGCCCGCGCACGCCGUGUUCGUCUUUCGAUUCGAGCUCGGCGACGGCGGCGUCGAAGAGCGUGACUCGGCUGAGGCCAAGGAGAAGGAGUUGCUCGACAAGGCCGGGGGAGGCGGCGGAGGCUGGGCAGGCUACGUUGGUAGGUGGGGGAGAGGUGACUGGAGCGAGAGCAGCAGCAAUGGGGAGCAUCGGAGGAAGAGGGGGCAGGCGCGCAGGCUGGCGAAGGCGAGCUCCUCGUCCUCGGCGUCGGUGGCGUCCUCCUCCGCGUCCUGGGCGAGUGGCUCGACGGUCAUGGACUGGGCUAGCCCCGAGGACGCCGAGUUGCAGCGCGGUGAUGGCUUCUCCCUUCUCGUCUACGCCUGGAAGAACUAGUGUGAUACUGUGAUGGGCUAGUGGCUGCCGCGACAACGGCAGCGGCGCUGGAAGCGGCUCGCCAGCAUUGUUUCGAUUGAUGAUUGGUUCCCGAUUCCGCGAGGAUUUCUCUUCCAAUUGUUGUAAGCUGCAAUUGUUCAGCAAUGUUCUUUGUUCAGUUUUGAGUGCUCAACUGACCAAAUCAUUUCUACAAUUACAUCAUUGACAACCAAAGAAAUGAACAGCUAGAUAAACCAUAUUCUGAUCCAGGGUCUAUCCAAAUCAGGUGGUGAAUCGCUAAAUUAUACAAAAUCA